AAGGCUUGAGGAAGAAACAAGAUCUUGAGCUGAGCAAGAACAUCCCAGCAUCUUCAUUGACUGUUUAAAGUAUAUUCUGGAAUCUUUUGUGGUUCACUGUUCCAGUGCUACAGAGAUUCUUUUUAGUACAUGGCAAAAGGGGUGGGUGAACACAGGAAUAGUGAAGACAACAAAUUAGUCAAGAACUUUUCUCUUAUCAUCACCUUUCCUCAGCAAGAAUGUCGGAAAGGGUUGACUGGUUACAAAGUCAAAAUGGAGUAUGUAAAGUUGACGUGUAUACACCAUAUGAUAGCCAGCCCCAGGACUGGAAAAUAUCGGAUGAAUCCUUGUCUGUUUUUAAGGAAGCCUCAACUGAUCCCAUCAGAGUGCUGAGCUGGCUCCGCCGAGACCUGGAGAAGAGUACAGCGGAGUUCCAAGAUGUUCGGUUCAAGCCUGGAGAAUCACCACUUAGUGGGGAGUCACCCAGCUUGGUAGACCCACGCAUGGGUUUCUCUGUGGACUACUACAAUAACACAAACAGGGGCACUCCAGGGAGACUGCAUUUUGAGGUGUCUCACAAAGAGAAACCAGCCCAGGGCUUAUCUACCCAAAUUGGUAAUGGGAGUUCAAUGGAUGAAGUUUCCUUCUAUGCCAACCGCCUCACAAACCUAGUCAUAGCCAUGGCCCGCAAGGAGAUCAACGAGAAGAUAGAUGGCUCUGAAAACAAAUGCAUCCAUCAGUCGGUUUAUGUGGGGGAUGAACCCCCACUCAACAAAAGUCUGAGCAAUGUGGCAUCGGAGCUGGUGAAUAAGACCGUCACUGAGUGUUCCAAGAGUGCUGCCUCUGAUAAGGCGCCAGGCUCUGGUGACAAAGCCUCAGCGUCACCACAGAGUCCACCAAAUUUGAAAUACAAGAGCACUUUGAAGAUCAAGGAGAGCACCAAGCCAAACAAGUGUCCAGAUGACAGGCCUUCUUCUAAGAAGUCUUACUUCUAUAAGGAAGAGUUUGAAUCUCGUAAUUCAGGGGAUGCCAGAGAGGGUGGAAAGUCCUUCUUACCUGGAGAGAGAAAGCUGUUUAGAGGACAGGAAAGGCCUGAUGAUUUUACAACUUCUGUGAGUCAAGGGAUUAUGACUUAUGCUAACAGUGUGGUCUCUGAUAUGAUGGUCUCCAUCAUGAAGACACUGAAGAUUCAAGUGAAGGACACAACCAUUGCCACCAUCCUGCUAAAGAAGGUACUAAUCAAGCAUGCAAAGGAUGUGGUCUCCGAUCUCAUUGACUCUUUUAUGAAAAACCUCCACAAUGUCACAGGAACCCUUAUGACUGACACAGACUUUGUCUCUGCUGUGAAAAGAAGUCUAUUCUCUCAUGGAAGCCAGAAGGCCACAGAUAUCAUGGAUGCCAUGAUGGGUAAACUGUACACUGUGAUAUUUUCUAAGAAAUCGCCUGGGGCUAUCAGAAGAACUCAGGGCAUGUCUGAGUGUUAUUCCCUUAUCUCUAAAGGGAUGGGUGGCCCCAAAAGUAGAAAUGUAAACUUUGCCAGCAUGAAAUCUGAAGGUAGAAUGAGAGAAAACACGUACACUGCUACAUGCAAGCCGGAGAAGGAGAAGAGUUGUGUUGAAACUUUGGGAGAGCAUUUUAUCAAAGAGGGAUUGUCCUUGUGGCACAAAAAUCAAAAUAAAGACGUAAAAUCUCCAGGUUUCCAGCGUGCAUCAUUCGACACUCCCAACAAACAGUUUCGACCAACCCCAGACAUUCCCUUGGAUCUUCCUCUGGAUACUUGUGGCUUCAGCCCCCCUAUGUGUCCCCAAGAGAAACCUGAGAACUUUAUGUGUGAGUCAGACUCCUGGGCUAAGGAUCUGCUUGUCUCUGCUUUACUCCUGAUUCAGUAUCACCUGGCCCAAGGAGGAAACAUGGACGCACAAAGCUUCCUUGAGGCUGCUGGCAACACCAGCUUGCCCAAAAAGUCCCCUACAGUUUGUGAGGAUCCCAGCCUUAAAUCUCCUCUUCUGGGUGGUCAAGAAGAAUCAGGAAAGAAGGAUCUAAUGAGCGUCUUCUUCAACUUUAUCCGGAAUUUACUUAGUGAGACUAUUUUCAAAAAUGACCGUUGUUCUGCUAAACCAGAACAGCCAAUGAAGGAAGAAAACUGCCAGUGUGAAAGGCCUGUGACCCCUUGUCCCAUCAAAACCUGUGAAGGUGAGGAGGUUAGUGAGCCCUUUGCUGGGCUGACCAAAAUGGUGGCCAACCAGUUCGAUGGCCAAAUGAAUGGGCAAGUGGUAGAACAUCUGAUGGACUCGGUGAUGAAGUUGUGUCUCAUUAUUGCCAAGUCCUGUGACUCUCCCUUGGCAGAGCUGGGAGAUGAGAAGUGUGGAGAUGCCAGCAGGCCAACUUCAGCCUUCCCAGACAGCUUAUAUGAAUGCUUACCAGUCAAGGGCACAGGGACAGCAGAGGCCCUCUUGCAGAAUGCCUACCAAGCCAUCCAUAAUGAACUGAGAUGUUCAUCGGGACAGCCCCCAGAAGGCUGUAUGGCACCCAAAGUGAUUGUCAGUAAUCAGAACCUCACUGACACAGUUCAGAAUAAGCAGCUCCAAGCUGUACUUCAAUGGGUAGCCGCAUCUGAGCUCAAUGUCCCCAUAUUGUACUUUGCAGGCGAUGAUGAAGGAAUCCAGGAGAAGCUACUUCAGCUCUCGGCUGCCGCCGUGGACAAAGGCCGCAGUGUGGGUGAGGUUCUGCAAUCAGUGCUACGCUACGAGAAGGAACGGCAGCUGGAUGAGGCGGUGGGUAACGUCACAAGGCUGCAGCUGCUGGACUGGCUGAUGGUGAACCUGUGAUUGCCACCUGCCCGCUGCUUCCCUCUUCCCUGACCCCUGCGUUUUUCUCAUGUCCUCGGCUCCCCUUCCCACAGAGCCCUAUCUUCCUACCACUCACAUUGAAGACCGUGCCAUCUUUCACAAGCCACUGGAUUUUGCACAUUUUCUUGUCCAUGCGAGCAAGGACAUAAAAUUAAAAAAUUACAAUUAAAGGGCAA